AUGCAUGAUAAUGAUUUAGUGAGUUUCGUGUUUUCUUUUCCCUUAGCAACACUGACAUGUUCAUGCCCUUACAAAAAUGAAUAUUUGGAAUACAGAUUUGCAAAACCUUUUAUUUUCUUUCCUUUCCUAUCCUCUUUUUUGUUCUUUCUUUUAAAUGAUUUACUACUCUUUCUUUUCCUGUUUUAUCAUCCUGCUUUUUAUUUUCUCCUUUCCAAUUUUCUUCGCAAAUACACGUACUUUCACUCUUUAUUUUCUUUUUCAAUGUUUCUUUCUUCUCUCAUACCAAAGCUUACUUUAUACUUCUCACCCUCUGUCGAUCUUUUCCCCCUUUCUCCUUUCUUUCUUCACACAAAUUCACCGUCAUCUUUCUUUUUUCUUUAUAUCCAUGCUCUCUUUUUCUUUCCACUUCUCACCCGCUCCUUACUUUCCCCUUGUCUUGUUUCUUUUCUUCUCUGCUUUGCCAACGAACCACGUUCUUCCCUUUUCAACAAAGAAAAGCAUUGCACCGUAGCAACAUGUCCUUCUCGCUGCUUUCAGGCAUUACCCCAGAUCCGUUCGGGUUCAAUUCAUCGCCUCCGUCCUCACCUUCCGUAUUAA